AUGAUUACCAGCUCGUCGUCGCUACAACGCAAGUCGCCCCGCUCCCACGAACCUCCUCACUACCAACAGUCCCCCGGCCGCGCGCGACAACGGUCGACCUCGUCCUCCGCCACCACCAACGCCGCUGCCCCGCCACACCACUCGCCCUCGUCGCGGCUCGCCUCGUCACCAUCGUCGACGUCCCGUCGAGACUCGGCCGCCUCGCACCGCGCCCCCAAGGCUUCCGCCUCCCUCGCCUCUCCCGCCUCUUCGGCUCGCAACACCCAGUUUUCUCCUUCCUCUCGCGCCGGGCCCGCCAGGUUUCCCUCGCCCCCGCCCUCGUCGUCCCCCGCCGCUGUUGUCCCGCCGCAACCCCCGGCAGAUGAUGCCAACUUUGCGUCUAUGGAUGCCAUCAAUAGAGAUGACGUCUCCGCGACACACUUUAACCCUGCUGCUCUAGCCGCCGACCGCCGACAGCAGCAACCCUCACCGCCUUCCGACGACUACCGCCUCCAGGCCACACAUGCCGGCCCAGCUUCUGCCCCGCGCUCGGCCGGCCCUCUGGCGCCUCCCGUCGACGGUCCUACAGCGCAGACCAUCAUCCACGUCCGCGAUCUCGCUCACAUCACCACUCUUGUCCAGGAGGGCAGCCUUGGCGCCGCGGCCACAGGCCCCUCGACCGGCCAGACCCAGUACGAGAUCAGCGCCAUGCCUAUUAACGACGUCAUUGACAUGGUCGCCGCCCUCCUCACCAAAAUCACAACGACCAACGACUUGCAGCACGAUGCCAUGCAGCGCAACGUUGCCCACCAGCAGCAGGCCAACCAGAACCACGAAUCCCCGGGCUCCCACAUGAGCCCCCUGAGCCACUCGGUCCUCGCCUUUCACGGUAAAAACGUGCCUGCCAUAUCUAUCCUCAGCUAUCUCGGCAGAAUACACAAGUACUGCCCAACCACCUAUGAAGUGUUUUUGAGCUUGCUCGUGUACUUUGACCGGAUGACGGAACGCGUCAACGAUAGAGUCGUCAAGACGGAGCGUGCCCGUCAAAGGGCCGCCUCCCAGUCGCAGCCAUAUCCUGCCCACUCGCGCUCUGCCUCGCGGCAGGUUGACACGACGAUGCGUGACAGCACCACGCCGGCCGCUGACAACUCGGACGAGACGGACUCUGAUCUGGCCGACGACGAGGACGACGAGGACGAUACCAUGGUGGACUCACCGACGGCGCGGGAGGAGCACGCCAAGCCGUUUGCGCCAGAGGAGCGCCCCGUUGCCAGCCCGGCCACCUAUUUUGUCGUUGACAGCUUCAACAUCCACCGUCUCAUCAUCUCUGGUGUCACUUGCGCCAGUAAAUUCUUUUCGGACGUCUUUUACACCAACUCAAGAUAUGCCAAGGUUGGUGGUCUGCCGCUUGCCGAACUUAAUCACCUGGAGCUCCAAUUCCUCGUUCUCAACGACUUUCGACUGGCCAUUCCCGUCGAGGAGCUCGAGGGCUAUGCCACGAUGCUGGUAGAAUUCUAUGCCCGCGAGGUAGUGGCCAAAGGCGUCGGCAUCAAAUAG